CUGUCACUCCAAGCCCAGCUGUGACUCCAAGCCCAGCUGUGACUCCAAGCCCAGCUGUCACUCCAAGCCCAGCUGUGACUCCAAGCCCAGCUGUGACUCCAAGCCCAGCUGUGACUCCAAGCCCAACUGUGACUCCAAGCCCAGCUGUGACUCCAAGCCCAGCUGUGACUCCAAGCCCAGCUGUGACUCCAAGCCCAGCUGUGACUCCAAGCUCAGCUGUGACUCCAAGCUCAGCUGUGACUCCAAGCCCAGCUGUGACUCCAAGCUCAGCUGUGACUCCAAGCUCAGCUGUGACUCCAAGCUCAGCUGUGACUCCAAGUCCAGCUGUGACUCCAAGCUCAGCUGUGACUCCAAGCUCAGCUGUGACUCCAAGCCCAGCUGUGACUCCAAGCUCAGCUGUGACUCCAAGCUCAGCUGUGACUCCAAGCCCAGCUGUGACUCCAAGCUCAGCUGUGACUCCAAGCUCAGCUGUGACUCCAAGCUCAGCUGUGACUCCAAGCCCAGCUGUGACUCCAAGCCCAACUGUGACUUCAAGCCCAGCUGUGACUCCAAGCCCAGCUGUGGCUCCAAGCCCAGCUGUCACCCUCUAAGCCCGGAUGCCUCACUGUUACAGAAUGAGCGCCUCCCGUCCUUCACUGCCUCGCUACAUCACUGCUACAGGAGGAGUCGCUUACCUGCUUCACUGCCUCGGGUUGUCGAGUUCCUCAGACGGCGGGCAGGAACCUUGAAUGCAGUGGGCGUUGCCCCUCUGGACCGCAGCGCUACGGCGCUGGAAAAGGAACCUGCCAGCUUUAAGGAUAGUUUAUCUACUGCUCAUCGUCAGUAUAAAAAUGCAGAUGAUUUAAAUGCCAAAGAGCUGAAGAAGUUUACAUGUAUAAU